AUGGGUGCUAACUGCCGCUCACUGCAUUUUCAUGUCCUUAAAUGCAACUAUGCUCCAUAUGGUCAGCUCUUCUCGUACCGUGAUGUCACUGGAGAACACAUGGCGGUAACUGUCGCAGACCAUACGUACACGCAGCGCCAGCGUCCAGCCUACAACGUGCGAGUGAAAGGUAUCAUUAUGCAUCCCUCCUACACAGGCGAUGCUGCAGCCGCUGGCUUCGACAUCGCACUCCUGCAACUGAACCGCGCAGUCAAACCAAAUAUUCCGGAGACACUGAUGGAGGUAGGAAUUCAACUUGCGCCAAAGGCUCUGUGCAAAAUCAAGGUUCCAAGUGUUGACGAUUAUGAUACAGUUUGUACGGACGAGGCGCAAGGGGGCGGCUGUAAUGGUGACAGUGGUGGAGGACUGCACUGCUUAACUCCAGACGGAUACAACUGGAUUGUCUACGGUAUAGCUUCUGCCAGCGCCCCCAACUGCACGAUAGGAUUCGACGUAUUCGCAUUGACAGCGACGAAACUCGGCUGGAUUAACGCGGUAAUGGCUGCACAUCCCUAA